AUGGAAGUUAACCUAAAUGGAGCUGCUACUGUGGUGGCAGGAUGCUCUAUUCCAAGUGAUGUUUAUGUCGAUGAGCGGUCUGCUGAUAUUUCUAUGGAAAUACCCACCGCAAAAUGCGAUUUCCUUGGUAUGGCCCUUGAUAAUUCAGAGGGUACCCGGAGUAAUGAGGUAGAGCCAGGUAACCUUGCGGAGCUAAUGCUCAAAAAUGAGAUGCUAAGGACGAUGGUUGAGACCAAUAGGAAUUUUGAUCAAGGGGUUUUGAACCAUAGGGGUUUGGCUAUUGUUCGAGGAAAUGGAAGAGGUCUAUCACAAGGGGGUGGAAGGACUAACAGUAACACAUCCACUUGGGGUAGCAGGGGUGAUGUUGAAAAUGGCCAUGGGAACAGAACUAAUGCAAGGCUGCUAGGAAAACAGAGUUUUGGAGCAACACUAAGCCCAUUAACAGGUACUCCCUCCAACCCUUCUCUUAAUCAAGAGACUUUUGCUAAUGUUCUGGGUGAAAAGCAAUCUGGCACAUCUUGGGUUAGCAAAGUGAGGCAUAACCCCAGAUCAGUUAUUGAGAUGGAAUUUAUGGCCCUCAGCAAGAACAAUAGUAGGAUUACAGUCCAACCUCCCAAACGAAAAUAUCGAAGCAAGGAUGUGGAGGAUCGGCGGGCAACAAGUUUCGCAUGUCGCUGGGUCUGUCGGUGGCGGCGACGGUUAACUGUGCCGAUAACCCGAGCGAAGAACCUCUACAUCAUAUCAGUGAAGGGAAUCAAGGGCCGAUUGAACCGGUUACCUUCGGCUUUUGUUGGUGAUAUGGUGAUGGCCACAGUGAAGAAAGGCAAGCCUGAUCUCCGUAAGAAGCGCCGAAAGGAUGGUGUCUUCGUAAACUUUGAAGAUAAUGCUGGUGUCAUUGUGAAUCCAAAGGGAGAAAUGAAAGGGUCUGCUAUUACUGGUCCAAUUGGGAAGGAGUGCGCUGACCUGUGGCCAAGGAUUGCUAGUGCAGCCAAUGCCAUUGAAACCCCUUUUGAAAUUGAAAAUGAGCUUACUCCUCUUGGCUUAAAUGCUUGCUCGGUGUUGGGUCCAUCAAAUGGACAGGUCAUUAAAGUGCUGCACAAAGCUUCUGAAAAUGAAUCUGAUGGGAAUACUACUUUCAUGGAAGUUAACCUAAAUGGAGCUGCUACUGUGGUGGCAGGAUGCUCUAUUCCAAGUGAUGUUUAUGUCGAUGAGCGGUCUGCUGAUAUUUCUAUGGAAAUACCCACCGCAAAAUGCGAUUUCCUUGGUAUGGCCCUUGAUAAUUCAGAGGGUACCCGGAGUAAUGAGGUAGAGCCAGGUAACCUUGCGGAGCUAAUGCUCAAAAAUGAGAUGCUAAGGACGAUGGUUGAGACCAAUAGGAAUUUUGAUCAAGGGGUUUUGAACCAUAGGGGUUUGGCUAUUGUUCGAGGAAAUGGAAGAGGUCUAUCACAAGGGGGUGGAAGGACUAACAGUAACACAUCCACUUGGGGUAGCAGGGGUGAUGUUGAAAAUGGCCAUGGGAACAGAACUAAUGCAAGGCUGCUAGGAAAACAGAGUUUUGGAGCAACACUAAGCCCAUUAACAGGUACGUCAUUUGCAAAAGAUGCAAUCCCUAAUGGUGGAACCUUUAACCAAUCAGUGGUUGUUCAUGAGGUUGCAAAGGAUGGAGGAAAUAUGAAGUCUUUGAAUAAAGCCAAAGAUAAAGGGAAGGAGAAAUAA